UGGCUUUCCAUCGGAAGAGGAUAGAAAACGGACCGGUGCCGGAUGUUGCUGUCCUAUCUGAGCGCGGUCGGCUGUGGCCGGGAGGCGGGCCGCGCAGGCGCAGAGAGCUUGGGCCACGCCGGCUGCGGGAGCCUCAGAGCGGGAUGCGGUGACGCCCCUGAGCGACCAUGGCAGCGGCCGACGAGCUGGCCUUCCACGAGUUCGAGGAAGCUUCUAAUCUGCUGGCCGAGACCCCAGAUGCGGCCACCACCAGUGGAAGCGAUCAGCUGACCCCACAGGGGCACGUGGCCGUGGCAGUGGACUCGGGGGGUAGCUAUGGAGCUGAGGAGGAGGCUGAAGAGAGUGACAGGACUGCGCUCCUGCAGGAGGAGAAGCAGCAGCCCGGAUUCUGGACCUUUGGCUACUAUCAGAGUUUCUUUGACGUGGACACGUCCCAGGUCCUGGACCGAAUCCGAGGCUCACUGCUGCCCCGGCCUGGCCACAACUUUGUGCGGCACCAUCUGCGGAAUCAGCCAGACCUGUAUGGCCCCUUCUGGAUCUGUGCCACCCUGGCUUUCGUCUUGGCAGUCACUGGCAACCUGACCCUGGUGCUGGCCCAGAGGAGAGACCCCUCUAUCCACUACAGCCCCCAGUUCCACAAGGUGACCGUGGCAGGCAUCACCAUCUACUGCUACGUUUGGUUGGUGCCGCUGGCGCUGUGGGGCUUCCUGCGGUGGCGGAAGGGUGUCCGGGAGCGCGUGGGGCCUUACACCUUCCUGGAGACCGUGUGCGUCUACGGCUACUCCCUCUUUGUCUUCAUCCCCACCGUGGUCCUGUGGCUCAUCCCUGUCCCAUGGCUGCAGUGGCUCCUUGGGGUGCUGGCCCUGUCCCUGUCGGGCGCUAGCCUGGUGUUCACCCUCUGGCCUGUCGUCCGAGAGGACACCAGCUUGGUGGCUGCCGUGCUGCUCUCGACUGUCGUGCUGCUCCACGCCCUCUUGGCCGUGGGCUGUAAGUUUUACUUCUUCCAGCCGCUGCCUCUGGAGCACCUGGCACCUCCGCUCCAGGCCACGUCUCUGCCCCCAGACGUCCUGCUGCCACUCACGCCAGGGGCCAAGACAACCUAGGAAGGCCCGAGCCUGCAGGAGUCUCUCUCUUUCAGGCCCAACGUGAGGGGACACCUCUGUCUGCCCUGCCCCUCAGACGAUGACUGAAGGCUCCCUUGACACCUCAAGAUCACUCUGCUACUUUCCAGACUUUUCUUACAAAGCAAACACUUUUAUUUUCUAUGCAAAGGUGAUUCCGAGAAUUUAUAUAAAGGUGGGAAAGGGGCAGCUGAGCAGGGAGCUUCCAGGGUGCCUGUCGCCCCUGGGCCCCCUGCCAGGCCUUCUGCUUUCCCUGAUGGGACGGUUGGGAGAGCAGAGGGGGCACCCCAGCCUCAACUGUGCCUGCCCUUCCUGGGUGUCCAGGGAGCAGGUCCCGGGGCCUAGCCUGAGCUCCACCACGUCCGUGUUCAGAGGUGUUAGAAACGGGGGGGCAGACGUAGAAGAAACUUGCCUGUGCUGAAACAUACAUUUCCUUGUUUAUUUGUUUUGUUUUGGGGGGAGGGGGUGGAGGUCCCUGCAAGGCCCCUUCCCAGGCUGGGGAGGGACCAAAAUGCCAUCAUAGUAAUAGGGACUGGAGCGUCUACAAAUAUUGAGGGAAAUACACAGGCCUAACGUGAGCUACAAGGAAAAAGGACGCCUUCCACAAUCGAUCCUUGAGGUUUCUCAUGUCUGCCCCUAGCGGCUGACAGUGACCCUCCCCUCCAGGCCCCCCGGGGCCCAUGGGGCCACCUGUUCUAACUCUUGGCAGGGGUGGGGGAGGGGACCUGCAGGGCCUCAGGGACAGGACAGCAGCAAGAGGCAGGGGCCGAGGACGGAGGGCCUUCCCAACAGCCGGGGUGGGUUGUACAUUCAAGUGUGAGGUGAACCCUUUGGUGGGAGGGGGCCUCGGGUCUCCAGAGGCCUGGCCCCACCCCUGUCCUGAAGACUCGGCAGGGCUGCCCCUCACCACUGAGCCUCUGAGUUGGGGAGAGGGGCUGCUGGCUCGGCCCGGCCGGCCUGGUUUCUCAGAGGGUCUGUGGAUUGACACUGGUUCUUCUCGUAAAAAAAUAAAAUUAAAAAAAGCAGCAUGUCA